AUGACGGCUGAGAAGGCACACCAACUUUUGGAUCCUGCUGAUAAACAGAAUGUCCUGAAAGCUGUGAAUUUGAUUCAAGAGCUUCUCAAGCUCAAGGAUCAUGAGCAACCACCAACUCUCCCUUCCGAAGCUCACCGCCGGCACAUGCUCACUUUUCUUGCACGGUUACUCGGGUGCUUUGUUCUCCCAUUCAUCUCCACCAGUCUCAGCCUUGCGGAACAAAUCAGGUCACUGGUAACAUAUGCUCACCUUCUUGCCGCAAUGUGGAUCAAACAUGGUACAUCAUUUACCACCGGUGCACUGUAUGCAGACUCUCAAGCGAUCAUCAAGAACCUCAUUUUCUGUAUCCUUCGAUUACAGCUUAUUGACGAGAACAUCCUGUUCUACAUCAUCCUAGAAGGAACUGACCGACUUGAGGCUUUAUUCAGUGACUGUCGGACACAGGACCAUAGCCGCAACUUCGAUGUCUGUCAGCUUUGUGACAAGUUAAGUAUUAGUGCGCUCCUCAGCUACAUUUUUGAGCGCAAUCAAGAUUUGGAUCGCGGCCACAGAUGCUUGAAUCUGAAGGACGCCAUGGGUGUGGACCAUGUAAAUCCAAAGUCCUGGACUGGAGACGUCAAAGUUGGGCAUGCAGAAGUUGCCUCAGAGUGGAGAAAGGGACGGGUUGAAGCUAAUAACAUACUGCGGGAGUAUUUUGGACCCGAAGCAUGCGUCGACUUUGACGCACUCUUCGGGCGCGAAGGAUACGACCUCCUGCGACCAUCAGGCAGUUACGUUGGGGUCAAAUAUGACCCCGAUGAUGCUCGAACUGAGAACCCGGUUGAAGGGUCAACAGUUCCAGUCCCGAUGAACGUCACUCCUGGGUCUCAUUCCACAGACACGGCGGGCGACAGUGACGAUCGGCGAGAAGCCGUGGAUGAUUCAGAGACAUUUGAUGACGUACCUGAGGGCAUGGAUCUGGACGACUUUAUGCCCGAUACAGAGGAUGACUCUGGCACCGAUAAGCCUUCCUUUCAUUCGGAUCAGUUUUUAUUGAUCGAGGGGAAGACAUACCUGAAGUCAUCCGUUGUCACAUCGCUACUCACAUCCAAUCGUUCUCGCAAAGUCACAAUGAGAACCCUCCGAGCACGGGAUGACAUUGUGAAGUUCGGCGACAUCGCGGCCUGUUUGGUGCGUGUCGGCCAAAAUAUCUGUCUCGGUGUUCUCGAGAUCACAGGUUUUGAAAGAGGGACUGAUAAAGGCCGACUCACCGCUGUGAAAUUGGAGGACCUCGAGAAACGCGACUCGGACCUCCAUGUUACUGCACAACUCCUUGAGCUGGUUCCACAGGGAUCUCCACAAGGCGACAAUUCUGACCACUGGUUCUGGACACAUCAAUAUAUUCGCUUCGGGGCAAGGAGCCAAAGUGAACGAUCCACUCACAACCAGCAUAUCCUCACCAUCCCCGCCUUCCUCGUCCAUCCUCUCGGACCCUCUGUGGUUCCAUUUAAACCCUUGGAAGUAGCCGCUGCUGCCGCUGAUGACGAUGACGACAGCGAUGAUGAUGGCGACAUGUUCGAACUGCCGUGCACCAUUCUCGAGCCUCAACCGCAAUCGGGCCCAUACUCAGGCAGGAAGUUGCAGCGGAUGACUUGGUCCUUACAGGAUGCGCAACUCAACGAAAUUUUGAACUAUGCAUGGGAAUGGUUGAGUCCUGAUACUGAAGAAGUUAUCAGGAAUGUAGACUUACUACCAUCUGUCGAGAGUGCAAGCAUGCCAUACAAGGGCAGAGAUCGUGGGUUCUCGUCGAAUACUUGA